UGUAUAUAGUAGUGUUGAAUGCACAAUCACCGAGUUCAAAAGUGAGCUGCAUAGAGCAGACCAACGCGACCAUUAUUCAUCCGCUACCGUCAAUGACUAUCGUACACGUCUGAAUUAUGGCGAUAAACGAUAGACCUGCCAUAGGUACACAAAAUGCCACUCAAGGUGAACCCGCCCAAGAGGGAGGUUCAAUUGUUGCGGACGAUGCCCUCUCUAUUUCAGAUGGUGACCAUGAUGUUGAAGAUUAUGGGAGCGAUUCAGAUUCAGACUCGGCUGAAAGUACCGCGAAGCUCGAUCUCUUAGCUACUGCUGUGCAUGUGAACAACUUUGAGGACACCCCGUCAGACUUCUCCAUAGAGGACGAGAGCUUGGAACCAAGCUUAGAUGUCCAAGCUACACACACUCAACUAACCGAAUAUACUACUACCAAAAAAGAGGCUGUCGAGGGUGUUGUCAAUAAAGACGACAUCAUACGAGAACAGGAGGUGGUUAUGGACAAGUACUUUGAGACCUUUGAGACCUACCAAUGUAAUGUGCGCAGUAGACAGUGCUGUAUCAAGUCCUUGCGUACCUUGAAGAACAUGAAGCGGUGUGCCAAAUCGAGCGAUGACUGUACUAUUACCAAUGCCAUUGGGGGCAUACCCAGCUUCCUCAAAGCGAGUCUAAUGUCCAGUAAAACACCAAUGUAUAUGGUCAAAGAACUAUCCUCGGAUCUGCUGUCGGAUACUGCCUCGGCUGCUAGCACUGCCAGCGAUACAAUCCACAUGACCGAACCCGUAAGCAAAGCAAAGCGCAUGUCUUCUGGGGUGAUGAAGUGUGCGGCAUCUAGCGGCAAAGAUCUAUUGUCAUUUACUGCUAAGACUGGGAAGUCUAUAGUGCACCAUACAAAGGCUACUGGGAAGGAUAUCACAGAGGCAUCUAUAGAUAAGAUACAGGAUGCUAUCGCAUUAAUACACACUGACUCGAAAGGGAGUCUUUCAGACUCAAAAGCAAAUCCUUCCACUGCGUAUGAUCCUAGCAAAGAAAACAAAGGUCAAGCCCAACAAACCGUGCCUGUACAGGAAUCUCAGGCACCUAUUCGCACAACGAAAUGUGAGAGAAUUCGAAGUAAGGCUAACAAACCUGCAAAGUACGCUGUCGAUGUGGUGCUUGCUGAAGAUGCAGUAACGAAUACUGUCGUUGAUGUUGACCAGCUGUCGAGCACAAGCUCAGAGGCCUCGCUGUCAGAUAGUUCGUCUCUGCCAGCGGAGAGCACCGAGAUUGACUACCCAACCGAAUAUGACCCAGAACUGGUUGAGUUGCUAGUCAGAUACACAACUUCGGCCUACUGCCCUCUGCACUCGGGCAGCUGUGUGGUGUGUGGGUGCGAUGAAUCUCUACCGCCUGACUUCGAGGCCACCAAACGAGUAUCUGAUGUCAAGUACGAUGCGAGUGGCUUCGUGGGUGUGCAGAGCGACGACCGCAAUCUGAUUAUUUGCUCAUUCCGUGGCACUAAAAGCAAGACCAACUGGGGGAAUAAUUUCAAGGCUGUGUACUGGAGUGCGCGGUCGGUGGGCUUUGAUGAGGCUCCGCGAGACGCGUUUGUGCACCUGGGUUUCUGGAAUACGUUUGCGAGUAUCGCGGAUGAAGCGCUGGAGGAGGUUGUGCGACUGAAGGGGUUGUAUCCAGACCAUUUGGUGUGUGUUACUGGGCAUUCUCUCGGGGGAGCACUGGCAACGUACUGUGCGCUGAAACUCGCGCUCAUAGGUAUCGAGGUGGCGGGGUAUACCUUUGGACAGCCCAGAACUGGCAAUGGAAAGUGGGCUGCGUAUUUCGACAAGCAUGUGCCUCACUUCUUUAGAAUCGUGAACAACUAUGAUGUAGUACCUCAUCUGCCGGUACGAGCUACCGGGUAUACUCAUAUAGGGAAACAGCUAUGGUUCACGUAUCAAAUCAAAGGGAAGGAGGCGAAGCUGAUCAAGACGAACCAAAACAACGUACAUUUGACAGACAAGAUGAACAGAUCCGAACUGAAAGUCAAGCCCCUCAAUGGCGUUCCCUUCUACAAACUAAACAUCGUCGACCAUCUGGUGUACUUUGAGCGUGUCACUGGUCGCGCUAAAGUCUGCAAACCAGGUACUGAGGAGGCUCUUCCCAAGCGUAAGUACGGCCCUGUAACCCUGUUUGAGAAGUCGUUCUGUGACUUUAUCAGCAAUCCCCAGCACUCCACCCUCCUGCUGGUGUACACGUGUCCCGCACAGAGCCCCGCGUGGAAGCAACAUCCAGGCAGGAAACGGUUGCGAGAGCUCGACAAACGCUACAGGCAUGAGAAGCAAAAUCUUUUGUUUGCCGAGAUCAAUACUGCCAGAGAGACAGUGCCGCCGAUGUUCAGGAUUGAGGAUGUCGAAUAUGAUAGCGUGGUAGGGGGUAGCGGUACAGUCGUCAGUGACGAUGUCAUGUCUCGGUAUUCACGCUUAUGGUUAGUACAUAACAAAGAAGGACGAUUGAAUGAGAAGUGUGCGAAGGUGGUGGAAUAUGAGCCCAAGCAUGCUGUUAACUUUUGUGAGAAACACGUUAAGGCUUGCAAGAAAAAGGUUGUGAACUUCAGAGAGGAGCUAGUAUGGAAAACUGGUCAGUCGUGUCAUAAAUUGGCGCACAGGUCAAGUCGGUCGCGUGACUCCGAUAAAAUGCAUGACUCCGUCCAGGAAAUUGACGUAUAAUAAAUAAUUGGCUUAGCUGAGUUGAUCAAAAUCCUUUUGGAAUGUGACUAUGAGAGCGCAAUUGUUUCACCUACAACACAUAACGCAACCAUUCGUCGUAUUUUUGUUUUUUGAAGUGCAUAUUCUCAAUAU